AUGGAGGAGACCGCGACGGCGCCGGCGUAUGUCUCGGACGACCAGCUGGCUCAGCUGCAGGCCAGCACACCACGAUCUUUCGAUUCGAUUCCUCCGGUCCUGCAUCUUCACCGUGCGGAGGCGACAGUCUACAUCAGCCCAUCCCCAUCAGCACGACCCUCUUGCUUCGAGCAGAUCAACGAGGCGAAGCUCGACGCAGACGAACAAGACGAAGCCGAUGUCUUCCAAGCUACCGGCCAGCUUUGGCUCACCGAACGAGAAAUCUCAUUUCUAGCCCCCACCACUGGCAGCGGCUUCCGACUGGGAUAUGCAAACGUAGCGCUGCAUGCUGUCACAAGAUCGCCACCCAGCUUUCUCUCAACAUCCAGCUUCGGUCGAAAUGGCGCUUCCUCGACAUCUUCAGACUUCCCCGGCUGUCUCUACUGUCAACUCGACCUGAGCCCGAACGCUGGCUCGGGCGAGAUGGGUGUUGACGACGAUGAGGAAGGCGAGUUCGUCGAGAUGUACAUCUGCACUCCGGAUAGUGCGUACCUUGAUCGGCUCUUCGAAGCACUCUCCCACUGUGCGUCGUUGCACCCUUCCGGACCAGUCGAGGACGACGGUGGCCAUCCUUUCGCUGGGUUCGCGCCCUUCGGCACAAGCGCUUCCGGCGUGCAGUUGGGCGACGACGACGAUGAAGUGGACGGAGCAUACGACGAUGCAGAUGCAGACGACCAAGAUCUCAGCGAGACUGGCAGGCGCAACCUCGCACAUCUGGAAAGCGUCAUGCAAUGGCCCGACUCGGACGAAGCAGAGACACCGUCACUCGUGCACGAGCACGAUCGUCAACUCGUUGAUUCCGCCUCACGAGGCAGCAUCGACACGGCGACAAAUACGCUCAUCCUCUCGAAUCUUCCGGUCGAGUUCUUCAUCCCACACAUCUGCACUCUGCUUCUCUCGCUGCUCAACACGUACGGACCGAUGGUGCGCUGGACGCCGUUGCCAUCGGUGGGGCGCGCAGUCGUGAUCUUUGAAGACGCGGAGGGCGCAUCUCUGGCAAAGGCAGGGUUGGAUCGCCUUGUGCUGCCGUUCGAAGACAGCGAUGUGCAAGGCGUGACACGAGGACUGGACAAGGAUGAUGGUACAAUUCUGCGCGCCGUCUUUGGUCCCGUCACCGAUCCUACAGCCGAACCUGAGACAUUGGCGGUGCCGACAACGGACAAGAACUUCCUGAUUUCACCACCAGGCAGUCCGCCAGUCGGCUGGGAGCCGAUCCGCGAAGACCCGCCCAACAGAGACACGCUUGCCGACGACCUGAUGAAGGCGCUUGCCGACCUUCGAGAUACAGGCAGUCACAUCGAGUCGCAUCAACCACGAGUUUGGGGUGAGACUGCCGCGGAGGAACAGAAUACAGCAGAGCGAAAGAGUGGAGGCGCUGGCACACCCGAAGUCAUCCUUGCGCCGAGCACGGCGCCAGCUCUGAGGAAGUUCCAACCUGGCUGGCUUCGAGGCGGCCCGCAGGAAGCAGAAGCAAUCAGCACGGACGAGCAGAUCGAGCUUCCAGGGGUGACCGUGCAGUCGUUCGACGGAAAUGAUCAAGCCGACGGUGGUGGAGGAGGUGCAAAGUUGUACAACGGCUUCAGUAUCAGCUCGGUCAAGGCGACGGUCGACUCGAUGCGCGGACCCGUGCCGAGCUUUGGGCUCGAAACAGGCUCAUCUCUCGGUGGUGCAGAUGCUAAGCGUAUCACCCCGACCAGUCGGCCACCACUAAACAGCAACAACUAUCCGGACUUUUCUUAG